AGACUUUGAUUAAUUAGUUAUACCCUUUUAGUAAAACAAUCUGAUCAUAUCACAGUCCAUUGUUAGAUGCAUCAUGUUAAUGAUUGGUAAAGGGAUUUUGGAAAAUUCGCAAAAGAAAAAAAAAAAAAAAAAGCUUUAACCAGAGAUUCUUACUUAUCAACUAUAAACUAGUCUUAUAUAUGAGUUAAAUUCUAUAAUUAAUUAUUAUAUGAUAUAUCCUUUUUUUUAAUAUUUGAUAUUGACAGUCUUUCCUUUCUUGCAUCAUUGAGGGCUAAAAAGAAUAUGGAGGGUAGCCAUUAUUUCUCAACCAUGAAAGCAAAACACACACCAAUAGUAUUGCUACUAUGAACCACACAAACUCUUCCAUGAGAUCCAGCCACCAGAUUCUUGCAUUUUCCUCAUCAGAAACAAACAAAUCAUCCUCGUCAUCAUCAGGAAUGUUGUCUGCUAGAGAAGGUCAUGGUAAUGAAGCCAAUGAAAAUAAUAAUAAUUUUAUUAUUAUUAAUAAAAGUGAGAAAGAUCAUCGUGAUCAUGAGGUUCUGGUGGAAAAGAAGGAUUGUGGACGUGAAAGACUAAAGAAGCACAGAGAAGAGGUGGCUGGUCAGGUUUUGAUUCCUGAUACCUGGGGACAAGAAGAUUUGCUUAAGGACUGGAUUGAUUGUUCUUCUUUUGACAAGUCGUUGGCUCCUGAUGGUAUUGCAUCAGCCCGUCAAGCUCUUGUUGCUGCAUCAGCUUCUCAUCAUCAUCAUCAUCAACAACAACGAUUAAGGAUAGGAAGUUCAGCUGGCUGGAACCAGUCUUGUAAGAGAUAGUUUGUUGCCUUUUUCAUUUGAUCAUGAACAUGAUGAUGAAACUGGGUAUAUAUGAUUAUUUCAUGAUAUGUGUAUGAGCAAAUUCAAGACUUAUAACAUGUUUGUUCUAUUAAUUUUAUUUAGCCAGUGUUUUUCUCU